GCCCUCUUGAGCUUGACAGCGAACAUAAAAAGGACAUGUACCGGGCCGUUUAUAACCACACAGCUACUUAGCUAGCUAAUUAGCUAGCUCAUAGCUCCUCGGACUUCAUUGUCCGCGGGAAUAACUGACGUCCAAUGCUUUUAUUUAUCGCAACCUGCAGUAUAUAUGUAGUGAAUUAGUCAUUUCAAUGGCGUUCAAUGGCCACCAACGCGACGAUGAAAGUAUCGACGAAGACGAAACGCCCACGAAGCAGCCGCGGUCCGACAAGGAGAUGCCCGGGUAUCUCAGAAACGAGCCCAACAAUGAGGCGGCCGCGCCCGCAGGAAGAGCCACAUCCGACCGGCGGACCUCCAACUCGACGGCGAGGCAUCGGAGCGACUCGGUGAAGAAAACAAGGCCGCCAUUUCCCUGGUUUGGGAUGGACAUUGGAGGCACCCUGGUGAAGCUGGUGUACUUCGAGCCCAAAGACAUCACAGCCGAGGAGGAGCAGGAAGAGGUGGAGAACCUGAAGAGCAUCCGCCGCUACCUGACCUCCAACACCGCCUAUGGUAAGACGGGCAUCAGGGACGUGCACCUGGAGCUGCAGGACCUGACGCUGUGCGGCAGGACGGGCAACCUGCACUUCAUCCGCUUCCCCACUCAUGACCUGCCGGCCUUCCUGCAGAUGGGCCGCAACAAGCACUUCUCCAGCCUCCACACCACCCUCUGCGCCACGGGAGGGGGGGCCUACAAGUUUGAGUCUGAUUUCCGCACGAUGGCCGACCUGCAGCUUCACAAGCUGGACGAGCUGGACUGUUUGAUUCGGGGGGUGCUGUACAUCGACUCGGUGGUGUCCUGCGGACCCUCAGAGUGCUACUACUUUGAAAACCCCACUGACCCCGAUCGCUGCAUCCAGAAGCCGUACACACUGGAGAACCCCUACCCUCUGCUGCUGGUCAACAUAGGGUCGGGGGUCAGCAUCCUGGCCGUCUACUCUGAGAACAACUACAAACGAGUUACAGGGACCAGCCUGGGUGGUGGGACCUUCCUGGGCCUGUGCUGCCUGCUGACCGGCUGCUCCACUUUCGAGGAAGCUCUAGAAAUGGCUUCUCAGGGGGAGAGCACGCGAGUGGACAAGCUGGUCCGGGACAUCUACGGAGGAGACUAUGAGAGGUUUGGGCUGCCAGGCUGGGCGGUGGCCUCAAGUUUUGGCAACAUGAUGUCCAAAGAGAAGAGGGAGUCGGUGUCCAAAGAGGACCUGGCCAGAGCCACACUGGUCACCAUCACUAACAACAUCGGCUCCAUCACCAGGAUGUGUGCUCUCAACGAGAACAUAGAGCGAGUGGUGUUUGUGGGGAACUUCCUGAGAGUGAACACCCUCUCCAUGAAGCUGCUGGCCUACGCCAUGGACUACUGGUCUAAAGGACAGCUCAAAGCUCUCUUCCUACAGCAUGAGGGUUACUUCGGAGCGGUCGGCGCCCUGUUGGAGCUUCUGCAUCCGUCCUAAUGCAUCCAAACUACACCCAAAGAAGCACUUGUCAAUCUGCUGCAAAGACCAUUAGCACUUUAGACUGUCCUGAAGUAAUUCCACAGUGGGAUGUUAGCCACACCAGCAGGUCACUGGUAAAUUUUAUCUGUCAAACAUUUGGAGGUCUCAGAAAUCAUGCUGGUUUGUAAGAUGGUGAAAGUGGCUUCUAAAUGUUGACUCACAUCUCUCGUUGUGGUCGAUGGAUAGAAGUGUGUUUCCUGCUCGGACCAAAGCUGAACGCAGCAAAGUCACUGUCUGCAGAAACAAGACAGAUUUGGUCUGAAACAUCUCAAGGAAAUUCACCACAGUUGCCUGAAACACUCGGGUUAGAAAGCACUCGUCAUCGUUUAGUCUUGUGGACUGCAGGUACCCUCAGACGGGUCAGGUCCUGGGCCAAACAUUUGUAAGUGUUUUCUAGGGUUUAUUUGACCCUGUUUAGGUACCAGGUGGAUGGUUUAACUGUAGUGAUUUUUAAGAUAAACACAGGAAAGAUGUCCCCAGUAAAUCAUCACUCAUCUUUGCUUAUGUCCUGAAUAUAUUUUUAAUUUACUGUCUUGUCUGUAAAAGGUCAGAAAAUAACUAAAAAUGUCUGACUUAAGUUUCCAGAGCCAAAGAUGACUUCUUUAAAAUACUUGUUUCACCCAAAAACAAAACAA